AUGACAGACCAAAAGCUUGUGUCCGUCCAGCAAAUCUCCAGCCACAAUUCCCCUAGCGAUUGCUGGGUAGUGGUCGACAAUCAAGUGUGGGAUGUGACCGACUUCUUGGAAGAGCAUCCAGGGGGAUCAACAGUAAUCCUCAAAUACGCCGGCAGAGACGCAACAAAAGCCUACUCAGAAGUGCAUGCGCCCAGCGUAAUGAAGAAUAACCUCUCUGCGCAAAAUUUCAAAGGCACCCUAGACCUGUCAACAAUCGAUGCCGAAUGGGCCCAACCACCACCAGAAGAGAAUCCCACGGUGAUACUGGAACAUGAGAAACCGCCCCUGCACACCCUGAUCAACGCGCACGAUUUCGAACACGUAGCCUCGAAAACAGCCAGCAAGAAGACAUGGGCCUUCUACUCCAGCGCCUCCACAGAUCUCAUUACGCGCGACGCAAACAAGUCCUGCUUCGACCGGACCUGGUUCCGGCCUCGCGUGCUGCGAAACGUCCGAGACGUGGAUACAACAACGACUAUCCUGGGCGGGAGUUAUAAGCUCCCGCUCUUUGUCAGUCCGGCUGCGAUGGCGAAAUUGAUUCACCCGGAUGGGGAGUGUGCCAUUGCACGGGCGUGUGGGAAGAAGGGGAUCAUGCAAGGCAUAUCGAAUAAUUCCUCCUAUACAAUGGACGAGCUCCGCACAGCAGCACCAGAAACCCCGUUCUUCUUCCAGCUCUAUGUAAACAGAGACCGCGCCAAAUCCGCCGCCCUUCUCCGGCAGUGCAAUGCAAACCCUAAUAUAAAGGCAAUCUUUGUCACUGUUGACGCAGCCUGGCCUGGGAAGCGUGAGGCGGAUGAACGCGUCAAAGCAGAUGAGACUCUCUCUGUCCCGAUGUCUCCCUCCAAGGCCCAGAAUGACAAGAAGGGCGGCGGACUAGGCCGCGUCAUGGCCGGCUUCAUUGAUCCGGGGUUGACAUGGGAGGAUUUGAAAUGGAUCAAGCAGCAGACUUCCAAACCGGUGUGUUUGAAGGGGGUCAUGUGUGCUGAUGAUGCGAUGCUUGCUGCUCAGGCUGGACUUGAUGGCAUUCUGCUGAGCAAUCAUGGUGGUCGGAACCUGGAUACUAGUCCCCCGUCCAUUGUGACCUUGCUGGAGAUUCAGCGACGGUGUCCGGAGGUUUUUGAGAGGUUGGAGGUCUACGUUGAUAGUGGAAUUCGGCGUGGGACGGAUGUGCUCAAGGCUGUUUGUUUGGGGGCUACUGCUGUGGGCAUGGGAAGGAGUGUGCUUUUUGCUACUAAUUAUGGACAGGACGGUGUUGAGCAUUUGGUUGAUAUCAUCCAAGACGAACUCGAAACCGCCAUGCGCAAUGUCGGUAUCACAUCCCUGGCGGAAGCUUCCCCAGAUCUCGUGCACACCGGUGACAUCGACCACCUCGUUCCGGCGUCCCGCUCACACCCAUACGCUCGGGCCAUAGCUAAAGGCCGGCGACCGGGCGCGAAGCUUUAG